AUGAUAGGCGACAUUGUACGACGCGCGUCUGCCGCGCCUUCCCGCCGAAUACUGACGCUGCAGGGACGUCGGCUCCGCUAUAUAUGCGGCCUGCUCCUGUGCGCGGGAAGCCGCCUCUCCCUGCCGCCGGUGCAUCCUUAUCCGCCCGCCCGACCCUGCGCUUUUCGGUCAGAGAAAGGACGCGGGACCUUGGACGUCCUGUUGUGUACUACAUACUGCCGUUCGCAGCUCUACCUGUCCCGACAACUCUCCCAACUUCACCCAGAACUCACUAUGCCCAUGUUCUCUGAAAUCACAGCACGGUUCCAGACUGCCCGAACUGAAGUGCGACAGCUUUUACUACAAUACCUCCUCCCCUGGCUUGUUAACAUCGAACUUGUAGACCCUAACGUGCCGCCUGCUAAUCCGCUGUCAUAUAUACAGUAUUAUGCUUCUGAAGCCGGACGCACAGGACGCAGAGAGGGCCUCGGAUCCGUUGAAGCGACUGAAAUGGUCCUUAAUAAUCUGUUUUAUAUCACAGUCAAGUUUUCUGACAACCAUCCAAAGGAGAUCGAAGAGCUUUGGUCGACGCUCUGCGCGUGUUGGCCUAAUAAUCUCAAAGUGAUCAUCCGAUACCUCAUCAUAGUGUCGGGAAUGGCUCCUAAUGAACUCCUGCCAUAUGCAAAACGCGUAGUACUGUACUUAGCAAGAUCCAGACCCGAGAGGCUUUUGGACGAAAUGAUGACAGAACUGCAAACAGUAGAGACUUUGAACUGUCUCAUAGAAAGAACGGAGACUCCCCCCUUUUAUCGCUUGACCUCCAUGAGAAAAGCCACGUCUGGGCAUAGCGAUGGACCCGGAACUGGGUCACAGGACGCGACCGGACGGAUCGGUGAGCUAGCUCCCGAAGAAAAAGGCACGAUACACACCAAGCGGCACAGCGGUGAAGAUCCGGCGAAAGCUACUAGUACAAAAACGGAUAUUACCCGAGUGCAAGAUAAACGCGCGUCUGCCCCGCCCUGCCCGUCGCCGCCCGCCGACGAGGAACCUACGCCGCCUUCCGAUGGCGACGCGACACCGACGGGUAUGUGCGAGUCGGGCGGCGGUGGCAGUGCGCCGGGUACGCCGCAGCCGCGCGUGGACGUGCUGCAACCCCGACCCCUCCCCAUGCCAGAGUACGGAGGGUUCUUCGCCCUCCUCACAGAAUACCUCCCGGAUACUAAUCAGCCCGUAUCUGGAUUCCAUAGGUGUAACGUAGCGGUGAUGUUGCUGUGCGAUGUCGUCCUCGACGGCGUUGAACUGGACUGGUCCAUCCACGUGCCACUCAUGCUACAUAUUGUGUUCCUGGGAAUGGACCAUAAUAGAUGGAUAGUCCACCAGCACUGCCGCCAGCUGCUCCUCAACUUGCUGGUGGCGGUAGCGGCGCACCACGACCACCUAACGGUCGCGCGGGUGCUCCUCGCCGCGCGCUCGGCACAGCUCGGCCUAGGGCUGCCACCGCCACCCCUGCCUCUGUCACCUCACAAUUUUACCGAGCCAGACGCAGUGUUCGACAACUUCCCUCAGUGCGGCCACUCGCCGCGUUCCCACGUCCGGUCCUUGUCUUCGGACCCCCAAGUCACACCUGAAGGUGAAGCAGAUAACUACCCGUCCUUACCAGUGAUUGUGACGGGCGAGGCGGAGCCGGAGCCCGAGAUAGAGGGCGAAGCCCCGCCGGCGGAACUCCCCGUGGCCGACGCGAUCAAAUCCAUGGUGCACUUCCUAGCGAGCCGGCCCACCCACAUGGCCCUAUGGCAAUACGAAGAUAUCACUGCUAAGGUAUGGAGUCUCCGCAGUUGCCAACAGAUGGCGACACUAUUACGACACACGCUACGUAUAUUUCGAGAGUCACUACCGCACGCUUUAAUAUCGGAGAGGUGGGCACAGACCGCCUUGCAGUUGGGACUGUCAUGCCCUUCAAGGCACUAUGCAGGAAGAUCUCUACAGGUGUUCCGUUUCAUCGGUGUCGCAAUGACCGGUCGUAUGGUGUCGGAUAUUCUUUCCCGUCUAGUAGAGACUGUGGCGGAACAAGGCGAAGACAUGCAGGGAUAUGUCACAGAACUUCUGCUGACACUAGAGGCUGCUGUGGACUCGCUGGAAUCGAACUUUAGACCCUUGGACUAUAUGCGGGACAUAUUCAAAAGUACACCGAAUUUGAAUAAUAAAGACGGUGGUCAACAUCAACCCAAUGGAAAUGUUUAUACAGCCGGCAAGCGGUCACCGGGCGUGUGCGUGGGUUGUGUGAGCAACCACACGCGCAGCACGAGCUAUUCGGUGUCCUACUGCAUGCGCAAAAACACACCCGCCUCCUCUGAGAAGACACCUCACGAACCUCGUACGAGGACUUGUGAUUCGUCGAAAGGUGUCUGCUCAAACUUAUGUCGAUCAAGAUCCGCUCAGUCACUCAAACUCUUGGGAGAUACGGCUACACAGGACGACAAACUAACGAUCUUAGCGACACUAUUUUGGGUGGGAGCGUCUCUCUUAGAAUCGGACUAUGAACACGAAUUCCUACUAGGAGUGAGAUUGUUAUCUCGAGUUAUGGCCCGUUUGCCUCUGGACCGGCCUGACGCUCGAGAGCGAUUGGACCGCACCCAGGCCCAUGGGACCCAUGGACCAUCUUCACUCCACUCUUUGCUACUGAAGGGCUGUACCCACCCCAACACAUACGAGCCCGUAGUGGGGGUGCUCGUCGACGUGAUCCCGUUGCUCGAGCUGCCCGUUAUCGACCCUACCCAGUCCCUGGCCUUCCCCAUGACGGUGGUGGCCCUGCUGCCCUACAUGCUGCUCCACUACGAGGACGCGAACGAACUGUGCGUACGCGCAGCCUGCCAUAUUGCUCAGUUCACAGCAGAAAAAAGUAAGAAACUAGAGAACUUAGGCACAGUGAUGACCCUAUACUCUCGGAGGACAUUCAGUAAAGAGAGUUUCCAAUGGACCAAAUGCGUGGUGAAGUAUCUUUGGGACACCUACUCGCACUUGUCCCUACAAAUGUUAGCGUUCUUGGUUGAAGUAUUAGAGAAGGGUGCAGUGAACCUCCAACUGCCAGUACUAUCGAUCCUGCACUGUAUGCUGUACUACGUAGAGCUCAACGCGCCGGCCGCGCAGGCGGUCAACGCGGACCUGCUGCGGGCGGUCGCCAAGUUCAUUGACCAAGACGGCAACAACUACAAGGAAGCAAUGAAGAUCCUAAAGCUAGUAGUGACGCGGUGCUCAACUCUAGUGGUGCCGCCACACUGGGAACACACCUCGUCUAUCUUAGAUACGGAUUUACAUGGGAAAAAGGAAUUACCAGGUCGCACAAUGGACUUCACAUUCGAUCUGUCCCAAACCCCUGUAAUAGGGCGAAAGUACUUGCCUAAGAGCGGCAGCCAGCCCGCCACCGGCCCGAGCUCACUGUCCAAUGCGUCCAUCGCCACUCCCGAUAAAGCAGGGUCGUCGACAUCUGUGUCGGCGUCGACCGUGGUGGGAGCGGACACGGGCGGCGCGAGCCAACCGCACAGCGCGGCCUCGCCACGCCGCUCGCUGUCCCUCUCGCCCGCUGACGCGCUCGCCUCCGGAUGGAAGAGGCCUUGGAUGUCACAGAGUCGAGUUCGAGAAUGUCUCGUCAAUCUUCUAACGACGUGUGGCCAAAGAGUCGGCUUACCAAAGAGUCCAUCUGACGAUUUAAUUACCACUUUAUGUUCCAAGGUGAUCUUCAGUCAGAGUUCGGAGCUGUUAGAGCGCGAGUCGUCAAUGGCGUCAUCUCUAGAAGAGGUUUCUGGAACUCCGGGCAAUGAGCCAUCGGGCGGCGCGCCGCCUACGGACCACUUCGGAGUAUUUAAAGAUUUCGAUUUUUUGGAAUAUGAAAGCGAGAGUAUUGAGGGAGAAAGUUCAGACAACUUCAACUGGGGCGUCCGAAGGCGUCUGCUGAGCGAGGAGCGCGAGGAGGGCGCCCCGGAACGCAGCCCGCCGCCCGCACGCUCUAGACCACACGACCAUCAUGACCACCACGACCAUCACGACCACCACGACCACGCAGACCACACCGACCAUAGACACACCAAGACCGGUGAAGACUCCUCAGACGAGGAAGGCGGGUGGGACGAGGGAGCCCGGGGAGAUGGUGGGGACGGGGACGUGGGGUCCGCUCAUGAGUUGGCCCUGCGUGCGCGUGCGCACUCACUGUCUAGCGCAUCGAGCGGGGAACCGGAUGGAGAUCGUGGCGACGUGACGCCAGUGCCGGGAGCGGGCAUCGUAGCGCCCGCGGUGGGCCUCGGCGUAGCGCGCGACGCGUGGCGUAGCUCCGUAGCCGCGCUGCUACGCCACGCCGCGCACCAGCCGCCCAUCGCGCUUGUGCACACGUUACAUACUGUGCUUAAGGAGGUGACAUCAAAGACCAUCUCAGUUUGUGGCGAAGGAGCCUUGAUAGCAGGAGCUGGAGGGGCCGGAGACCUGGCCGCAGUACUCGACAGGCUAUCUUCAGAGGAGCCCCCUCUCCUGUGGGUUGGCCCCGCGGCGGCCGACUGCGCGAGAGUUCGCGAUGCUGUGAGAUACGCUGCGCUAGAGAUCAAUGAGCAUCUUGAGACGUACUUCGAUAGGCGAGAACAUGCUUUAGAGACGCUCGAACUGUCGCGAAGUGGAGAUGAGACCGGGCGAUGUCUAUACAAGCUCAUCUUUCAACUUCUUUUGCUGUUAGAAACUAACAACAAAAUGGUCGUCGCCGUAUACAGUGCGGCGUUGGAUAAUAGGGGUGUGGAGAUGAGCGCGGCGGUGGCGACGGUACGCGCGGCGCUGGCGGCGCACGCGGGCGACGCGUGGCCCGAGCACUCCCCCGCGCCCCACGACGACGCGCGCCUGCUGCAUCUCAUGCAUAGGCAGAGAUGGGGUGCGGCGCUAGCGUCGGUUCGCGAGCGCAACGCGGAGCGCAUACUGGAGCGCGGGGAACUCCCGGAGGAUGACGUCACCAGCCUCUUGCACGUGUACUGCAAGGGACUAGCGCAGUCGCAUCCCGACAUGGUGGCGAUCACGCGGCCAGUAAACGAGCUGUCCCAGAAUCUGUCCUUCAUGAUGGAGAGCCUGUAUAAGUGUGUCAUUGAUCCACACAUUCGCGUCGACAUCGCCGUAGACGUACCUGAGACUAGAUUAGUGAAGCGGCUGCACUGGCUGCCGACAGCAAGUUGUAAUACGGACUUGUUUGUAAUAUUGGAUGAUAUUCAGCGCCGGACGAACACAACACUUAGCAAAGCUCGCCCUGCACAGGGAGGACCACGGGGAGGGCCACGCCCUCACCUGCAACCACAUGAUUUGACAUUGAACGUACCCUCGACGUUGGUCGCAGAGCUGACAUACUCAUUGCACAUCGCACAAAUAACAAAACGUGCACUACAUACUGAUUUGACUCUUGAAAGACCCACGACUGGGCGUAAGCUUACAGCCAGAGCUUAU